GUCUCAGAUAUGCUUCAAGAUGAACAGACAUUAUCGGAGCAAAAGUAAUGUAGAUUGAUGUACAGUAGAUAGUCUUAAUUAAUGCUCAGCCAUCGCUGCCAUGCUUUGGUGGCCUUCCAAUGGCUGUUCCUGGACGGGGUGCUUGGCGAAACCUCAGGGGAUUGCCCAUGUUGCUCCAAGUGUGGCUGUGACUGUGGAGCCAGCUGCCCAGGCUACAAAGCUCCCGGUUGUGCUGGUGCACCAGACUGCUUAGAGUCCUCAGUAUGGGGGAAUACGAGAUAUACCGAGGAGAUGUGGUGCGGUCAACCUCAUGUGGCCGCAGGGUUGACUGAUUGUGCCUGCUGUGCUGAAUGCGGUGACAGAGCUGCAGUAUGAAAUGUAGUGAGAAGACGGAGUCAGGAAAUCCACACCAGAGUGAGGAAACCGUGUUGACGGAGUCAGAAAAGCCAGGAAACCUAGUCAGGGUACCCAUGCUUUUUGAGUGUUCUCGAUGCUAGGUUUAGGGUUUCUUUGGGCGUGGUAUACCGCUUCACUUCUCUAGGGUUUCUUUAGGCUUAGUUCAGGCUUCACUUCUUUGACGUUAGCUUGGGCUUUGUUUGGGGCUUCACUUUUAGGGUGUCUUUGCGCUUGCUUUAGGGCCUCACUGCGUCAGUGUUUCUUUUGGUUUGGCUUGCGGGUCACGCUUAGUUAUAUAGCGUUUCUUUAGGCUUGGGGCUUGCCGUUAGAUUAUAGGCGUACGAUAUGGGCUGGUUUCAACCUGGCUCCCAGAAAAGGUUGCGGGUCAGAGGCUAGACUUCUUUCCGGCACGUCAAAUUGCAGUGCAUGCAAAGGGGUGCCUUUUUUUUGCAAGAAGAAUUGCAUCCCUUUUCCAGUGGUCAUGGUGUCUCCAAAGAUUGAAAGGCUUAUAGCAAUGGACCGGCGACCGCGAUGAAUGCAUGGGUUGGACGCUGGAAAGAACUGGAAGGUGAAUGACAGCAGUGAAGGGGCCCAAGGAAUCCCAGGCAAGCCACUGUGCCCGAUCAAUCUCAUCCUCGUCUUUCAUGUUUUGAGAUUGAUGGUGUACGAAAGGAAAAGGAAAGGUUAACCGCUGUAGGGCAUUGACAGCCGCCAUGUCUGACUGGGCCCCUUCUUGGAUCUGGGGCCCCCUGCUCUUGGC